AUGGAGCCGGGCACGGGCGACAAGUCAGUCGCUGUGCACGAUACUGAACUCCCUCGUAAAGAGGGCAAUGAUCAGUCAAGCCUCCUCCUUGCCCCGUCCGAUAAGGAAGCACAGUCUCCCUUGGAGGAAUCGAGCCUAGCCAACUAUAAAUUCAAACGAUAUAUUUUCCGUGCGGUUCUCAACGUCCUCGGCCCCGUCAUCGUUACUCUAUUCUACUUUCUUAUUCUGAGGUACUAUCUGUGGGAGCCCGCUGAGAACGAGAUCAUUCCCUCUCGACCUGUGGAUGCGAAGGGGGUGUUCUUCGCAUGGCUUAUUCUCGGCAUCUUCGUCCUCGAUUGGGCAAAGGCUGGCGUUGCUGGAUUUGAAGCGACUGCCCUGAUGAAGCCAGAAUAUGCGCCAGCAGAUGGCCACAAACUCAUGUGGCACAUUGACCGUGGCUGGGGCUCCUUGAGCACUUGGUGGCAGGUGUUGCUCCUCACCUUUGGAUACGUCGGAAAGAAAAUACGAAAGAGACCCGCUCAGUGGGAAGGACCUGGGCUGCUCUGGUUCUAUCUGGCAUUUAGCAGCAUUUUAUUCUACGCAGCGGUGCCACUUUCUGGUCUAUCCAUGGACCCCUCUGAGGCCUUUGUGCUCGGCAGUCGUCCCAUCACGAUCGUAGGCACCAACCAGUCUACUUUUGACUCACAGCCUUCGAAUGCCAUCGCUGAAUUGGCGAGUUACAGCUGGCGACAAGGUCGUUCGACGACUCCCGAACAACCGACCAUUCUCUAUGCUCCUGACGGGACCCAGAAUGUCAGCAGUACGUUUUACGAGGAUGUCAUCCGGUCGGACUAUCAGAGUCGUCUAUUGAAUAGUUCCAGUCCUCUAAACCACACGAUUACGUUUUUCUCCGGUCCCGAGGUCGGUGAACGAGCGCAUGGUAGGGCAUGGGGAAUGCUGACGAACAUUUCCUGUAUGCCUGUCCACCCCUAUCGGGACCUUGAGCUGCUCAAGGUUACUGCUAUCAAUAACUGGACCAGUACUCCUUGGACUAUAACGUCACAGGACUAUGCCAAUGGAACCUAUUUACCGUACAUUUCAAGCGGAUCACAGCCGGUGCAUUUUGCGCAUGGGGAAGGUCUGGGCGUCAAGUACCAAUAUGUCAUGGCAAGCGACCUGGACAUAUCUUAUGGGAUUCCAGCUUAUACUAACGAAACGAACAUGCCUGUUUCAGGAGCGGUAGAAAUGGUUCUGUGGCAGGCGUACGACACGGAAACUGGCUAUAUUCCUGACCAGACAUUCAAAAAUCUAUCAUCUCACCCGUUAGUUCAAUCUUCUUUCUCAAAGAUGGAUAACAGGACCUACCUGGGAUACGGCGUGCGCUGCUACGCGACCUCCACAACCGGCCAAGCCACGAUCUCGCCGAUAACAAAUACCUUUAAAGACUUCAAGCAAGAAGCAGCGGAACUAGUUGCCGCCCGUUACAAGCUAACGUCCAUCUUCUCGUACUCGGGAGUGGUGGCAAUGCCGGUGCUUGUCUUUGCCGCAUUCACAACAGUCAACGUCGGCUACCAGGGCCCUCCCAAGUGCGACACCGUCUCCAUCAUCUGCAAUGGCUGGGUUGGCGCCAACCUAGCCACCAACGGAGUCCCCCAAUUCACUCCCAUCCAAGCAGCGCCACCGGACUCUGGCCUCGAAUACAUCGGUGGGUACAUGCAGUACCCAACCAUCUCUCCCGAGCGCAUGAACCUAGCCAUGUACAAGCUCUUCGGCGAGGUCUCCAUCGCCGCCAUGGCCUCCGGCCCAGGGAACUGGACCUCCACCCCCAACGCAACCUCCGACCUGGGCCUCUUCGGCCUCGAGCCCGCCAACGACAUCGUCCAGGGCCGCGUGCCGUACCACGUCGUCCUCGUGCUGCUCCUGCUGUGGGCCGUCGUCACCAUCGUACCGCAGCUGCUACUGCCAGGGUUCUUUCUGGAGCGCCGCUGGGGCGAGACGCUGGAUGGCUUCACGAUGUUCCGGUUUGGUGCGGAAUGGAAAGAGACUGUGCACAAGUUGCGGUCGACGGAGCUGGAUGACCCGGGCACGAUGGCUCUAAGUGAGGUUCCGGGAAUGAUUGGGGAUAUGAAUGCUGGAGAAGGCGGGACGGGAUUUGUAGGGUUGAGUCGAGAGAAGGCGAGUCUGAGGAAGGUGUAUAGCUACGCGCGGUGA